AUGAAGCACGCAACGUCGCUGGAAGCUUUUCGUGAAACGGUUCGAUUUGCCCGACGAUUGGCUGAUUUUUGCGGAGCGGAUCUACUAACGGCCGGAUGGAGUCCAAAUUUUCGAACCCUUCUUGCGAUUUUCGGAGGAUGUAGUUAUCUACUUACCGGAUUCUACAGUGUUUGGUUUUUCUAUCCAGACAUUUACGGAAUGCUGCAGUCCUUAGCCCCAAUGGGAAUAGCGAUCCAAGGACUGGCGAAGCUGUACAACGCCAUCAAUAAUCGCAAGUUUUUUCUCGAUCGAAUAAACUAUCUGGAACAGUUUCACGAAAGCCAUGCUAAGCACCCUCAAAACAAUGCCGUUCUGCUGGAUUUGAUGACGAAAAUGCAACUGGCCACACAAUUUCUAUUGGUUGCUUAUAUUUUGGCUGUGCUCGGAUUUGCAUUGUAUCCGCUGUACUACUACGUGAUUUUCGAAGAGAAGGUACUAGCGUUGAACGUGGUGAUUCCUGGGGUGGAUAUACACUCCCAUUGGGGUUACAUGGGGACGUUAACCUACCACGUGUUUUUGCUAGCGAUCGCCAUGAACGGGAUAUCUGCUUCCGAUACGGUCAUCAUGGUGUUCAUUGCCAACCUGGCGGGGUUGGUUGAUGUUUACAAAAAUAAACUGAAGGAUUUGGAUGAUUUGUUAGAAGCGUCGAAACGGGACAAUGCGAAACUACACGAUAUGGUUAGGGAGAUCAUUGUAGAACACAAUGGAAUUUUGAGUUAUGAGUUCGAUUUGGACCGAGUAUACAUUGUUAUAAGUUUUGUGCAGGUUGUAACUUCUGUAUCGUGCCUUACAUUGUCACUGUUUCUGUGCUAUAUGACUAAUUUUUUGCCAGGAUAUGCAUUUAUAUUAGGAGCUCUUUUUCAAUUGUUGGAGUUUUGUUUGCUUGGGACAAUUUUUCGUGUGAAGAAUGACGAAAUCAUUGAAGCAAUUUACGACACCAAAUGGUAUCUGCUAGACAAAUAUGACCUCAAACUAGUGGCAUUCAUGUUUCACCGUAGCCAAAACGCGGUUGAUCUAACCAUUGGAGGGAUUGCGCCAAUGAAUAUCGAAACGUUUGUCGAGAUUAUGAAAACAAUAUAUCAGUUUUUUACUAUGCUUAUUAGCUUCAUGGAUCCUUAUACUAUCCAUAUCUCUGCGAUGAAGCACGCAACGUCUCUGGAAGCGUUUCGUGAAACUGUUCGAUUUGCUCGCCGAUUAGCUGACUUCUGCGGGUUGGAUCUACUUGCGGAAGACUGGCGUUUUAAUUUUCACACCCUUCUGACGAUUUUGCUAGCUAGCACUUAGGGCUCAUCACCCUAUCUGCUUUUUGGCUUCUACAGUGCCUGGUUAUUCUAUCCAGACAUUUACGGUUCACUGCAAUCGUUAGCCCCUAUGGGAAUAGCGAUCCAAGGACUGGCAAAGUUGUACAACGCCAUCAACAAUCGCAAGUUUUUUCUAGAUCGAAUAAAAUUCUUGGAACAGUUUCACGAAAGCCACACCGCUCACCCACAAAACAAUGCCGUUCUUCUGGAGUUGAUGAGGAAAAUGCAACUGGCGAUACGAUUUCUAAUGCUGGCGUAUCUUCUUGCCAUUCUGGGAUUUGCGCUAUAUCCGCUGUACUACUACGUGAUGUACGGAGAGAAGGAACUAGUGCUGAACGUAGUGAUUCCUGGGGUGGAUAUCCGCUCGUAUUGGGGAUACGUAGUCACGUUAACCUACCAUGUGCUCCUGCUAGCGAUCGCCAUCAAUGGAAUAUCUGCUUCCGAUACGGCCAUCCUGCUGUUCAUCGCCAACCUGGCGGGGUUGGUUGAUGUGUACAAAAACAAUCUUAAGAAUUUGGAUGAUCUGUUGGAAGCGUCGAAACGGGACAACGGCAAAAUACAUGACAAAGUUAGAGAGAUAUCUAUUGAGCACUAUGGGAUUUUGAGCUAUGAACAAGACUUGGACCAAGUAUACAUUGUGAUAAGUUUUGUACAAGUGGUAACCUCUGUAUCGUGCCUUACCUUGUCACUGUUUCUUUGCUACAUGACUAAUUUUUUGCCAGGAUAUGCAUUUAUAUUAGGAGCACUUUUCCAAUUGUUGGAGUUUUGUUUGCUUGGAACAAUUUUUCGGGUUAAGAAUGAUGAAAUCAUUGAAGCCAUUUACGACACUAAAUGGUAUCUGCUGGACAAAUCUGACCUUAAACUAGUGGCAUUUAUGUUCCACCGUAGCCAGAACGCGGUUGAUCUAACCAUUGGAGGUUUUGCACCAAUGAAUAUAGAAAUGUUUGUCGAGAUUAUGAAAACAAUAUACCAGUUUUUUACUAUGUUAAUAAGCUUCAUGGAUCCCUAA